ACCUAUCCUUAUCUCACCUCGCUGCAUUCGCUCACUCACACUCACACUCACUCUCUCUCUCUCUCUCUCUCUCUCUCGACAUGAGAGGCGCCAUUGCUGCGGCGGUGUGCGCCGUGCUGCUGCUGCUGGUCGGCGGCAAUGGCGGCGGGUGGUCGGCAAUGGCGGCGGCCACCAUGGAGGAGGACAGGAUCGUGGCGCUGCCUGGGCAGCCGAACGUGAGCUUCGCGCAGUACUCCGGCUACGUCACGGUGGACGCCGCCAGGAGGCGGGAGCUCUUCUACUACUUCGCCGAGGCCGAGCUGGAUCCGGCCACCAAGCCCCUCGUCCUCUGGCUCAAUGGAGGGCCUGGCUGUUCAUCAGUGGGAGUGGGAGCAUUCUCAGAGAAUGGGCCAUUCAGGCCUAGUGGCAAUGUGCUGGUGAGGAAUGAGUAUAGCUGGAACAAAGAGGCCAACAUGCUGUAUUUGGAGAGCCCUGCAGGAGUGGGCUUCUCCUACUCCACUGACCCUUCCUUCUAUGGUGGUGUUGGUGAUAGCAGGACAGCUAGGGACAACUUGAGAUUCUUGCAAGGCUGGUUUGCCAAGUUUCCGCAGUACAAGGGCAGGGACCUGUACAUUACAGGAGAGAGCUAUGCUGGCCACUAUGUUCCGCAAUUAGCGCAGCGCAUGGUCGAAUUCAACAAGAAGGAGAAGCUGUUCAAUCUGAAAGGCAUUGCUCUGGGCAACCCGGUCCUCGAGUUCGCCACCGACUUCAACUCGAGGGCCGAGUUCUUCUGGUCGCACGGCCUCAUCUCCGACUCGACCUACCACUCCUUCACGACGGUGUGCAACUACUCGCGCUAUGUGAGCGAGUACUACCAUGGCUCGCUUAGCUCGGCCUGUGACACUGUGAUGACCCAGGUGGCCAGGGAGACUAGCCGGUUUGUCGACAAGUACGACGUCACCCUGGACGUUUGCGUCUCGUCGGUCUUGAUGCAAUCCAAAUCCCUCGCCCCUCAGCGAGGGAGCAGGGAGCUGGACGUGUGCGUGGAGGACGAGACGAUGGGGUACCUGAACCGGAAGGACGUGCAGGAGGCGAUGCACGCCCGCCUCGAAGGCGGCGUGCCCAAGUGGACGGUCUGCAGCAGUGUUCUGGAGUACAAGCAGCUGGACCUGCAGAUCCCGACCAUCAACAUCGUCGGCGGCCUCGUCAAGUCGGGCGUCCCGGUGCUGGUGUACAGCGGCGACCAGGACUCGGUGAUCCCGCUGACGGGGAGCAGGACGGUGGUGCAGCGGCUGGCGGGGUGGCUGCGGCUGGGGACGACGGCGGCGGGGUACAGGGUGUGGUUCGAAGGGCGGCAGGUGGGCGGGUGGACGCAGUCGUUCGGCGGCGGCGCGCUGUCGUUCGCCACGGUGAGGGGGGCGUCGCACGAGGCCCCCUUCUCCCAGCCCGAGCGCUCGCUCGUCCUCUUCGCCGCCUUCCUCGCCGGCCGCCCCCUUCCCGACUCCUUCCAGUGACGUCGUCCCGAACGACGAUGAUCACGUCUCAUGUCAAGCGCGGAGGUGCAUUGUUGUUGCGUUGCAAAUGCGUACGAGCGAUUUCGUGUGCGCCACCGCUAUAUAUAGUACUCCGUAUUGUUGCUGGGAAUCGAAUUGUUUCUCGGAGAAAAUCUCAUCUGGAAAAUGCUGAUGUGGGGUGGGGAAGAUGACUCCAUGCCGGGUUUACCUUGCUCUUUAGUUCAAAAUAGAAGUAACUAACGUUUGUUACGGAGAGUACUCCCUCCGUCCAAUAAAAAACCAACCUAGCACUAGAUGUGAUGUAUUCUAGUACUACAAA